GCGGGGCCACGCCAUUCGGGCACGGGCGGCGGAGGGGCCGCGUCGCUGCUGCGAUGGUCUCCUGGAUGAUCUCUCGGGCCGUGGUACUGGUGUUUGGGAUGCUGUAUCCUGCAUAUUACUCAUACAAAGCUGUGAAGACAAAAAAUGUGAAGGAAUAUGUCCGCUGGAUGAUGUAUUGGAUUGUGUUUGCUCUUUAUACUGUUACUGAAACAAUAACUGACCUAACAGUCUCUUGGUUUCCACUGUACUAUGAACUGAAGAUAGCUUUUGUUAUCUGGCUUCUUUCCCCAUAUACUAGAGGGGCAAGUUUAAUCUACAGAAAAUUUCUCCACCCACUUCUUUCUUCUAAAGAAAGGGAGAUUGACGAGUACAUCGUACAAGCCAAAGAAAGAGGCUAUGAAACCAUGGUGAAUUUUGGAAGGCAAGGGUUGAAUUUGGCAGCAACUGCUGCAGUAACAGCCGCUGUAAAGAGUCAAGGUGCCAUAACUGAGAAACUGAGAAGUUUCAGUAUGCAUGAUUUGACUACUAUACAAGGAGAUGAGCCAGUGGGACAGAGACCAUAUCAGACAUUACCAGAAUCAAAAAAGAAAACCAGAGCCUCUGCAAGUGAAUCUUCAGGUUACAAAUCUCCACUGGAAAAAAAUCCUGGAGAUGAUAAAACAGAUGAAGAGAUGGAGGGGACACAUUCAGAGGAUGAAAUGUUUGCUCAGAGAGGCCUUCGAAGAACUCAGAGCAUGAAAUCUGUGAAAAGUAUUAAAGGCCGUAAAGAGAUACGGUAUGGAUCACUGAAAUACAGAGUAAAGAAGAGACCCGCUGUAUACUUCUAAGUGUAUUGCACAGUGCCUGCAAGACAAACUGCUGUAUUAUAAUAACUUGAAUUCAGUGUGUCAAGUGAUAAAGAUCUGUAUAUGAUUCAUAUAAUGACUAUAUGAAUAGAUAUGGUAGGACUUGGUUUUAUGAACCUAAAGGGUCAGAUAAAGUGUUACUUUGCUUUUCUGUAACUGCUUGUUGCUUAGACUUAAAUCUGGACAAGUUGUAAUAUGGAUUUCAGCACUUCUUAAAUGGGAGUUAAAUGAGUAACAGGAAACAGUCUUUUUCCAGAGGUACUGAACAGACAAAAAUAAUUACAACUCCAAAUGAAUUAGCAGAAGUUGUAAGUAUUUGGAACUUGUGAAAAUUGAACCCAAAGUGUCCCCAAGUUGACGUGGAAAGAUAGGCAUACUUGAAAUAUUUUUCUGAACUACAGUUCCUGAAAAGGCUUUUGUGUAAUUUAAAAAUGUUCAGUUUAAAGGAUGGUCGAUGAUGGUAAGGAAGGGAGAGGAAAGACUAGGUAGAUAUGGUACAUCUGUAAGAUUGUCAUCUUUUUGCAUUGUAUUGCCAAGCUUAACAAACUUACAUAACACUAAUAGGUGCAAACUGAGGGUACAUUUAGCACUUUAUGCAAAACUGUAUAGUUUUGCACACUUACUGAUUUACAGCUGCACAUGUCAUUUUAAUGACUUCUUAGGUAGGUCAGACUUAUUUUUUGAAUGCCAGCAAUUCUUGUAUUUCAUGAUCUUAUUUUAAUUUAUCCUGAUUGCUUACGUACACUUAGGAUGCUGUAGAUAAUUGCUACUAACAACAAUAUUAUCAGGUGCCUUACUGUAUAUUACAAGGCUGUGUGGUUUUUUGUCUGUGUGGGUGGGUUUUGUUUUGUUUUGUUUGUGUCUUUCUUUCUCCUUUACCUAGAGAUAUGUUACAUGAUUUAGGUCAGUUUUUGGUUAAAAUUGUGGUAAGUAAAACUAGCAGCAAUUCCAAUGAUAGACCUCAGGGAUCUGAUCAGCCCAUCAGCUGUGUAUUAGAAGUCAUGCUGACAUGAAGUCAUAUGAUAGAUAUUCAGGCCCUGGUUUGGUUUUACAUAGCAUUGCUUUAAGAAUGAAUAUAUGUAUAUAUUAGAACAUGUAUGUGUGUAUAUUUCAUAUAUAUGUGGAGUCUAAUAUUGGCUGUGUAGUACUUUUAUUACUAAAGUUAGUACGAAA